AUGUAUCCCGGUUGGGCGAAUGAGGAAUCUUAUUGGCCAGCGGCUGCCGCAAAUCCGCAACAAAUUGCGUCGAAUUCUUCAACAACUUCAUCGAAUUCCAGCUCGACUGCAAAUAACUUGAAGGUAAUUAUUUAAACAAGGGAUUUCUAUAAGGGAGAUAACAGGUUUUAAAAACGACGAAUGCUGCAAAUGAUGCUGAAAAACAUGGCUGCAGAGCUACAUGCAUAAUUAAACAUAAUUUAUUUCCAAAUUUUCAGCAAUCCUACGAACUCUACAAUCAAUCGUAUAUGAACAACAUGAAAAGUAUGUUGGCUGCACAAUGGAUCGAUAAUUCGAAUCCGUGAGUUUUUGGUUAAUUUUUGAAAUUAGUUUUCACAUUUUUACUGAAUUCUUGCAUAAAAACAAGAUAUCACGUGGCAAAUUUCCAGAAUUUGUUUAGAAACAUGUUGGCACUUUGAAUAAAAAAAGUUUGCUAAAAAUUAAUUUUUGAAAAUAUAAAAUUAAAUUUACGAUAAGCUCGAAAAUCUGAAAAAUUCCCAAUUUUUUUUCGAAAAAUAUUUUUGAAUACAAACAAAUAAUGUUUAUUCAUUCAUCAACCCGAAAUUCGAAAAUUAAUGCUGAAAUUGUGUAUAAAAAUCCUAAUCUUUUAUUUGUAUAGACAUAUUUUCCAACCUUAUCAUUUUUUACAGUUUCACCUACAAUCCACUUCAAGCAACUUCAGCCAAUUUUGGCGAAACACGUGGCGGAUCCUCAAUGCCAGCACCACAACCAGUAUUUCCCUGGAUGAAAAUGGGAGGUUAGUUUAGUUUUACACAGUCUAAAAAUCGAUAUUUCACAUAAUCUUCUUAAUUCAUUAAUAAGAAAAAUGUUGGGUAACCUCAAUCCUGCCGCUUUUCAUUUGAGAUUAGAUCUGAGAAGUGUGACCUUUUUUUCUUGUUUCACACCUUAUGAAAAAUAUAUUUCUCUUCACAAGUCAGUAGAAAAAACAAUGAAAAAUGUAGAAAAUUUUGAGGUUUAUGGGAUGACAAUUUAAUGAGUGGGUUCCACGGCGAAAAACGAAGAAUUUUGGAUUUUCGGGAUUUUUUUCGAGGGAUGAGAAAAAUGGAAAAUUGAAAGCUCAGUCCACUUGUUGUUCCUAAAAUCGUGGCAAGACCCAAAAUUAGAAAAAUCGAUGUUCCUUUAAAUUUGAAAUACGAAAAAAAUGGAGGCACAAUCAGAUUUGAGCUAUUUUGGUUCUCACGGCGAUUUUUUGAUCUACAAAAAUGCACCCAUGUUUCUUUAAAUAUAAUUUUUAAAAAAAUUAAAAACGCAGCCAUUUUUCAUUUUCGUAAAGUAUGAUUCAUUGAAUGUCACAAAAAACACAAGAAAAAUGAAAAUGAGAAUUGAAAAUCAAAGACGGCUGGUGCACAUUUUCGAGACAAUCAUUUAUUUUCUUGUUGGUUUCUUUUCAUCUUUACCGCAUUUCCCUUCGUUUUGCCUCAAUCUCGUCCUUUUUUUUCUUGUUGUUUUUUUUUUGAGGAAGAAGGAGGGAAAGCUGAAAUUGUAGUGAAAGAAAUUGAAAAAAGAUAUUUGUAAUUAGGAUAUUCUUUAAAUAAUUUAAGUUUGUCAAACUCUCAAAAUUUUGAGGAUAUUUUCAAGAUCCGGGCCGAUGUUUUAAAAUACAAUUUUUAUUUUUUCCCGCUAAAACUCACCGAAAAUCAUAACUUUGGUCAUUUUUGUCACGUGGAAUGUUUAAUCGAUAAUUUGUAAUCUGAAAAUGCUGAAAUUUUUGAAUAUUCUGAAUUUUAGAAACUAAAAUAUGUUUUUUUAGAUUUCAAAAAGAAAUCGAUAAUCAAAAAAACUUUCGAACAAAUCACCAAAAUGUUCCCAGUCCUACCAUAUUCUUUUUGUCCUUGAAAAAUCAAUGUUCGACACAUUUUCAUUCGUUUUUUUUGACAAUACAGUUUUUUCUUUUUUUUAUCAUUGCGAGUUUUUUUCUAAAAAAGUUUGUAAAAAGCACGUGGCAGAAAUUUCGCUAAAAAUUUAAUUUCAAUUUUAUCUUCAGUAUCAUUUCACGUAGCAAAAACAGCCUCAAGAGAAUCCAUAAUUUUUAGAAUCCCAAUUAACUAGAUGUUUUUUUGCACCAAACUGUCAUCAUGUUUAUUUAUGUUAACACUUGCCGCCUUAGUUUUUGUCUUGUUGUUAUUGUUGUAAAUAAGAAUAUGUCUACACAGCUGUUGGAUAUCUCGCUUGCGCGCAAUGUUCCUUUAAUCUUAUGAUUUACGGUAAUCAGAAUGUUGUGACAGAUAGAGGGAAUAGGCAGGAAAAAAGAAAGGAUUAGAGGGUCAAGUUUUGUCUGUUGGGUGCGAGGAUUAUGUUGCACCUUUUUGUUAGAAGAAGGGGGAACAUUUUUGGAGAAAGCUGAUUUUUAAUUUGAGAUUUCAAAAUUUUCAUAUCACUUUCUCAAGUUCAGUUUUGAAUUUUUUAAAUCUGAAAACGUGAAAAGUUUUUAGUUGUUUUAAUUGAAUAUAAAAUUAAUGUAUUCAAAUUCUAAUACUUGAAACUCUGUAACAGAAGUCAGAAAUUAUAUUUUGAAUUUUUGAAAAUUUCAACUUUAUGAAAAAUUCAGAAAUAUAUUUUUUAAUUAGAAAAAUUUUCAAUUAAGGGUUCAACGCCAUUCUUGUUAUGUCACUUACAAAUUUUUAUCCAUCCAAUUCUCCCCCAACCUAAAAAAUCAAUAAUUUUCCCCAUCCUUGUUUCUCUCUCAGUUUCACUCACUCUAUCAUUCUACAGUAAUCUUCUUUGUUUCCUGUUUCGCGUUUCUGUGGAAAUCGAUUCAUUUUGUUUCAAAAAUACAUCUGCGCAUUUUUGAAAAUUGUAAUUUUUCUACAGUAACCUCCUAGUUCACGGUUAGUUUUCCGAAUUUGAAAUUUUGAAAUUAAUUCAGUUUCUGUAUGUUUUUCUAAAAAUAUAAAAGUUGAGUCUGCCUAGAAUCGAAGAUUACUGUACUUUUGAAAUAUGGAAGCUCUGGAUUACUGUAGUUAUUCCAUAAUCUAGAAGUAUGGUUACUGUAGUACUUUAACAUUGAACAAUGAUCCUAGAAAGAUUCUAGAUUACCAAAAUUUCUUUCAGUUUUUUGCAAAAACAUUAUCAAAUUAAUAAUAACAAUAACAAUAAAAUCAAAUAAAAUAUCAAAAAGUUGAGGCGAAGAAAUCAUAAAUAAAUCUUCGAAUCGCGGUAUGAUGAAAGUAAUCGUAUUUCAUUUCAUAUCGCAAAAAGGAGAACAGUUGUUCCCUUUUUCUCUCUACCGUAAUCCUCUUCUUCUUAUUCUUUUUCUCACAAAAUAUGUAUCAUGAUGUACUCUACUAAUUGGAUGAGUGUGAAAAUGAGGAGGGAAAAAGAUAAAUUGAAAAAAUUGUGUUGGAAAUGAAUUGGGGGAUAAAGAUAAUGAUUUCGGGGAGGUCUGAUUCGGUGCGAAAUGUAUCGAAACGAAAUUAGAGACGCAGAGGUAUACCGUACUUGAGAAAGCAGGUUUUGAAUUUUUAAGUUCAAAAAUUAUAAAUGCUUUGAAAUUAUAUGAAGAACAUUUUUGAAAUUAGUUAUGACGUGGAAAAAUCGAUAUUUUCAAAAUUUUAAUCCGCCAUUUUGACAAGUUUUCAAGUUUUCAAAAUGUCACAAACUUAUAUACCUCCUAAAAAUCUCAAUAUUUUAUUGAUCCACAUUUUUUUCCUAUUUUAUUUCGAAUUUGUGAUUUAUUAUUUGUGUUUCUGUUUGGCAGAAACAGCAACCUGCCAAGUCAUAAAUCUACACAACAUCCACAUUUACAUCUAUGUAUAUGUCUCUUUUUAUUCGAAUUAUAUAGGGACCGCAAUAUAAAGGAACCCUUCAUUUUCCACAAUGAACUUUUUCAAGAAUUUAAUUUCAAAUUUUCUAGGAUCUGGAACAAAAGGCGGUGAAUCGAAGCGAACUCGACAAACCUACUCGAGGAGUCAAACAUUGGAACUCGAGAAAGAAUUUCACUACCACAAAUAUUUGACAAGAAAACGAAGGCAGGAAAUAUCGGAAAGUCUUCAUUUGACAGAAAGACAGGUAAAUCAUUUGGGAAAUUUGAAAGCUCUGAAAAUAUGUUGAAACGCCGUGUAGUGGGCUACGCUUCAAAUUUCUACGCAGUGCGCUCACAGGUUUGAGCUUGUAAAAUUUGCAAUUUGGAAUUCAACACAUUUUUAAACAAAAAAUUGAAAUAUCAGAAAUAUUCAAUAAAUGAGUCAUCCAAUCCAUAAUUUUUAUCUCAUCCUAAAAAUCUCCGCAAACUUUUUCUUCAUCUAAAAAGUCAUAAUUCAUUCUGUCUCUCUUUUUCUUAAAAAUACCACCCAUAUUAGUUUUUUCUCCGUUUUUCUACGUCUUCCUUUUCUCUCGAUGUUUUUUUGAGGACCUCAAAAGGCGCCGCGAUUCUUUUGGCGGCUCCUUUCAAGUUCGAUUCCGCCAAAAACUUGAAAAGGAGACCUCCCCAACAUGUGUUUUUUCUCGUCUCUUCGCUUUUUGUUAAGACACACACACACAACAUAUUUUUGCAAUUUUUUUGAAUUUCGAGAAAAAAAACGAGAUAAUUUAUUAUUGUUUCGGUUUGAGGAGGAGAAACAAUAUGGAUUUUUUGAGAUGAAGUGGGGGUUUAUUUUUUGAAAUUUAUCUUAUUAGUUCUAGGUGCAGUAUGUUCCUUAUAGUUUUCCAUUUUUUAUGGACCAAAAGAAAAGUGACACGUGGUUAAAAUUAACUCUUGAAUCUUCAGAAGGGAUUUCUAAAGCUAGAAAAAAAUCUUGAAAUUGAGAUAUCGAAAAUUUCGUGAGAAAAACAUUGAAUAAAAUAAAUGAACUUUCCAGGUAAAAAUCUGGUUUCAAAAUCGACGAAUGAAGCACAAAAAAGAGGCAAAAGGUGAAGGUGGAAAUGAUUCGGAUGAGGAAUCAACUCAAGACGAUCACUCUUCAUAA